AGCGAGAGAUAUAGAGAGAGAGGUGGAGAGAGAGAACAAGCGAAUGAGAGAAGAGGCUCGCGAGCAGCGCCGUGCACUGUUAUACUGGGAUUGUACUUCAACGGGAGUUUGCGGUUUGGCAGGUUUAUAUACAUCAAAACAGAACAAAGAGAGGCUCUACAGAGCUAUAAAAGAAGAGAGUGAAAAGAAUAAAGCGAGGGAGAAAUCUCUGAAACUGAAUUACAAAAGAAGUGAGGACUCUCUGCUAAUGUUUUUCUCAUCCAAAGGGGACAUAAACUGGGACUUUGGACAUUGUGGAGAAUUUGCAAGGCUUUUUUUGUUUCAGCGAGCAGCAAAAGUUUGUUUGGGACGACGCUUUUCCAGCUGUAUAUUUUAAUUUUAAUGCGCCCAAUUCCAUCCCAGUGCAAAACUUUCCAAACGGACUGCACAUGGUUUCAAAGGGCUUUUGAAAAACCUGGGAUUUAUCGCCGAUUUCCAUGCACAGUUUGAAGUCGAAUGCUGUAAAUUCAUGCGGAUUUUAUCCAGUUUUCUGCGGCUGUUUUUGAAGCUUUUUUGCGUUUUUACGCACGUCGAUGGUAUCACCAAAAAGCUCCCCAUACUUUUAAAGUUUGAAUAAUUCAUGAGAUACAAUUUGCCUGCUCGAAAGAAGUGACUGUAAAAGGGAGGGGGGUUAUCCACAAACAUAUUCAUAAGGGUUGACGGAAUGGCCACCGCGGCUUCCAAUCCUUAUCUGGCCAGCAAUAGCAUCUUAUCGUCCGGCUCCAUCGUGCACUCUGACUCCGGAGGUGGUGGCAUGCAGCCGGGCAGCGCUGCGGUUACCUCGGGGUCUGGGGGUUACAGGGGAGACCCCUCGGUCAAGAUGGUGCAGAGUGACUUUAUGCAAAACGCAAUGGCAGCCAGCAACGGGGGACACAUGCUGAGCCAUGCCCAUCAAUGGGUGACAUCGCUGCCGCACGCCGCAGCAGCCGCAGCAGCAGCCGCGGUGGCUGCAGCUGAAGCCGGAUCGCCGUGGUCGUCGAGUCCCGUCGGGAUGACAGGCAGCCCGCAGCAGCAGGACGUGAAAAACUCCGGCAGAGACGAUCUGCACACUGGCACCGCGCUGCACCACAGGCCCCCUCACUUAACCCCCCACCAGACUCACGCCGGGGCUUGGGGGAGCACGACUGCCGCGCACAUUAACUCAAUAUCCGGGGGACAGCAGCAGCAGCAGUCGCUCAUCUACUCCCAGCCCGGGGGGUUCACAGUGAACGGGAUGCUGAGCCCGGGGAGCCAGAGCCUGGUGCACCCGGGCUUGGUGAGGGGGGACACCCCGGAUCUGGACCACGGCAACCACCACCACCACCAUCACCACCAGCAUCAGCACCACCAGCACCACCAAGGCGUCAACAGCCACGACCCGCACUCGGACGACGACACGCCGACGUCGGACGACCUGGAGCAGUUCGCCAAGCAGUUCAAGCAGCGGAGGAUCAAACUGGGCUUUACGCAGGCGGAUGUCGGCUUGGCGUUGGGCACCCUGUACGGGAACGUUUUCUCUCAGACCACCAUUUGCAGAUUCGAGGCUCUGCAGCUCAGCUUCAAGAACAUGUGCAAGCUGAAGCCUUUGUUAAACAAGUGGCUGGAGGAGGCCGACUCGUCCACCGGCAGCCCCACCAGCAUCGACAAGAUCGCGGCGCAGGGAAGGAAGCGAAAGAAGCGCACUUCCAUCGAGGUGAGCGUCAAGGGAGCUUUGGAGAGCCACUUCCUAAAAUGCCCCAAACCUUCGGCGCAGGAGAUCACCUCCCUGGCGGACAACUUGCAGCUGGAGAAGGAGGUGGUUAGAGUGUGGUUUUGCAAUAGGAGACAGAAGGAAAAACGGAUGACGCCCCCAGGAGUGGCUCAGACGCCGGAGGAUGUGUACUCUCAGGGGCAUUUUUUAGUAGAUUACUUAAAAGAUGAAGCGAGCGACCAGAGGGUGACAACCACAAGUUCAUUCCACCAGGUAAUUUUGGCGCAUUAAACCACACCAAGAGGAAACCAAGCAUUGUUUUUUUGAAAUAUUUUUCUCUCCCAUAAAAAAGAAAUUCCCUCCUUCUUUAUCCUGUUUGAUUGAAGAAACAAAGGAGCAGACAUUUUGUAUAUUUAGGACUGAACCGCCUUCCCUCCCCUUCUUCCUCGCCUGACAAUAACAGAAGGGGGGCAACAAUAUGAACAAGAGUGACAUCCACGACGCUUCCACCAUCAUUUCCCUGCAAAUUUGUUCUUUCCCCCCACCCCCACCCCCUCACGUGGACUGCAUGUUUUCACCCCCAACACACACACCAGGAGGAGGAUUAUUCUUCUUUUUUGUCCCAUCUCCAGGUCCAGAGAGAAAAGAGAAAGCAGGACUGUCCCCUUCAAAAAACUGCCUGAUCUUAAAAAGAUCACCCCCUCCCCCUUUUUUUAUAUUAUUAUUAUUUAAAGGACUUUGACAGCGUGAGUGGAUUCUUCUCCUUUUUUUCUCAACAAAAAGAGCAUAAGACAUUUGCAAAAAGACUUCAAACUGCACUUAUUUGAGGAAGAACAAAAAAAAUCUGUUGCCAAGUGUGACUGAGUGGGUGCUGUGGAUAUUCUAUUAAUGCUGCCCUUUCUAAGCAGUGUUCUUUGGUAGGUUUUAAUAAACAAGAAACUCUGUAAAGCCGGCAAUAUAGAUCACUAGAUCAGAUACUGAUCUGACUUAUUUACUUUAUAUUUUUCAUCAGAAUUACUUGUUUUAAUAUUUUAUUCGGAAUACGUAUGAAUUAUUCCAAACGGUAAUUUAUUUUCCCCUCUUCCUCUCCAGGAAACUUGUGUAAGAUGCUUCCCCUUUUUUUUUUCUUCUUUCGUUUCAAUAUUUUUCCUCUAUUUUUGUUGUUGCCCUUAUUUUUGUUAUUCUUUUGUAUUUCUAAAGGAGCACAAAUCAUCAUAAAGCUGACCGUUGUUAGGUAAUAAGGGUACAUUUUUGAUGUGAUCAUUUGAUUGUAAUUUAAUUUCAGUAGUGGUUCCGUACGAGCUGAUUGAGACACAAUAAAUUUGUUAGAAUGAAAUGCAA